GGUCGGGUCCUCACCAUGUCCGACCAGCUGCGCGUCUCCGACGCCGACGCGGCGCGGCUGCUCGCAUCGCUCCCCGUGUCGCAGCCCGCGCGCGCGCGCCGCAGCACCGAGGGCAGCGAGCACAUCGUCUGGUUCGUCAACGACGACAUGGUUCUGCGCGUCCCGGUGGUACACGACGGCGACGACGACGACGACGACGACGGACUGGAGGCGCUGCGUCGGGAAAAGGCGCUGCUCGACGUGCUGCGCGCCGAGGCCGAAGCAGCGCACGCGCCCCCCCAAGUGCGGGACGCCAUCCCGGAGAUUCUUGCCCUCGGCACCUCCAUCACGACGACGGCGACGCAUCAGGGCAGCGGCGGGCAGAGGCGGUGGGCGUACGCGCUGUGUCGCAGGGCGGCGGGCGUGUCGGUGGAGGAGGCGCCGCCGGGCGCGGUCACGGCGGAGACGGAGCGCGGGCUCGCGGCGCUGCUGGCCGUGCUGGGGCGCCGGCCGGUGCGGGACGCGGCGGAGCGGCUCGGGUACCCGCCCGCGGACGAGCGGCGCGACCGCGAGCUCACGGGCACCGCGGCGCAGGCGUGGCGCAGGCUGCGGGACAGGAACCAGCUCGGCGCGCUCGCCGGCGUCGACUUUGAGGGGUACCUCGCGGCGGCGGAUGCGGACAUGGAACCGCCCGCGGGAAUGUCAUUGUCGGGGGAUACGGAGGGAGUGGAGGAGGAGGAGGAGGAGGAGGAGGUGCUGUCGCACGCAGACCUCAAGGGCGAGCACAUCUUCAUCGACGCCGCCACGGGCCGGCUCGGCGGCGUCAUCGACUGGAGCGACGCGCGCGCGGCGGCGCACCCGGGGACCGACGUCGGCGGGCUGGCCAUCUCCCUCGGGGCGGCGGCGGCGGCGCGGGUCGGCGCCGGGGCGGGGCGCAACCCGGCGGCCGUGCGGAGGGGGCUGCGGGUCGCGCGGUGCGAGGCCGUGGAGCGGCUGGACGCGGUGCUCAACGCGGGGGACGACUCGCCCGAGGGGCUGGUGCGGCGGCAGCUGGCCCGGGCGCUGGAGGGGGUGGGCCCGCUGGAGCUAGAUGCCGCGGGGGUGGGCCGGCUCGGAGGUGGUGUCUGA